AUAUGUAUAUCAAUUAUUUUAUUUAGAACCAUUUAUUUUAUUAUUGUAAAUUAGUCGAUCUAAUUUCUUUAGUUAUAUAGACUUUUCAACUUUCAAAAGGUUAGAGACUUUGAAUUUGGGGGACAAUGAUUUCACUGGAUGUAUUCCGGAAGAUAUGUGGGCUCCACUUUCUCUGAAAGCAUUAUAUUUAUAUGAUAAUAAACUCAGUGGCUCUUUAUCAAAGCAAAGUUUGUGUGGUUUAAAAGAUCUUCAACUUUUAGAUCUCAGCUUUAAUGAAUUUGGAGGCACUCUUCCUCAAUGCCUUGGCAAUUUGACAUCUCUCACAUUCCUACAUCUGUCUGAAAACCAACUAACAGGAUAUCUUCCUUCAUUUUGGCCACCUAAGCUCCAAUAUCUUGAUCUUAGUCAUAAUCAUCUCGAUGGCAUAUUCUCUGUCAAUUAUUCUAGCCUUGAGGUGAUUGGAUUAAGUGGCAACAAAAUUACAUUUGAGAAUGGUUGGAUUCCAUCAUUUCAGUUAAGGGCUCUUAUAAUGCAAGAUUGUGGUCUCGAAAGUAUUCCUGAGUUUUUGUUUCACCAAUUCAAAUUGGAAGUACUUGACCUUUCUCACAACAAACUAAAAGGAAGAUUUCCUUAUUGGUUACUUCAAAACAAUGGAGGACUUGAGAUCCUAGAUCUAAAGAAUAAUUCUUUCAAUGGCCAGCUUGAAAUUGGGACAAAUAUGCUUCCGAGCAUACAAUAUCUUAAUUUAGCCGCAAACCAUUUUGAAGGUGAUCUUCUUUUUUCUGCUGGGGAUGAUUGUAAAUUGAUCGCUUUAGAUUUGUCUCAUAACAAUUUUUCAGGGGAAGUUCCAGAGAGACUGCUUUCAAAUUGCAUUUCCUUGAGCUAUUUGAGGUUAUCUCAUAAUAAUUUUCAUGGUCAGAUAGCAUUAUUUAAUUUGACUCGAAUUGCUGAUUUGGAAUUGCAUGACAACCAAUUCGAAGGAACCCUAUCAAGUUUAUUCACCAAUUUUAGUCAUCAAAGUUAUGGCCCAGAGGUGUUACAUUUGAGCAACAAUCGAUUGCACGGUGAGAUUCCACACUGGAUGAGUAACUUCACAGGAUUGGGAUAUCUCAAUUUGCGUCAUAAUUUUUUUCAAGGUCAGAUUUCAUGCCAACUUCUUUCAACAGGAAUAGAAUAUCUAGACCUUUCUUAUAAUUCUUUUUCUGGGUUGUUACCUUCUUGCUCCAAUGAAAAUUCUUUGCGACAAAUAAAUUUGCAAGGUAAUAGAUUCAGUGGUUCAAUACCUGAAGCUUGGGUUAAUAUUUCAACACUGAACUUAUUAGACGUAAGCGACAACGAAUUGUCGGGCACCAUUUUUAAUAAAUCUGGUGAGAAUUUAAGUGGUUUACGAGUUCUUUUAUUACGAGGAAAUCAUUUCAAUGGCUUCAUUCCAAAUUGGUUGUGUCAGCUGAAUAAUGUCAGCUUAUUGGAUCUCUCAAGGAACUCCUUUUCUGGGUCUAUACCCCAUUGCUUAUAUAAUCUCUCAUUUGGAGGGGAAGGAGAAGGACAUCCCUAUGAUCCUCCAUUCAGCGACAUACUUUUUGCAUGGGGGAUAGGAUAUGGGGGUAGCAGUAAAACUCUCUUGGAUAACACAGAUAUUUUUUAUGGCGAGAUUGAUGAAGAAAGUGAGUUUGUUACAAAAUAUAGAGCCGACACAUAUAAGAAUAAGGCUCUUAACUAUAUGUCUGGAUUAGAUUUGUCAAAUAAUAACUUAACGGGUGAAAUCCCAUAUGAACUUGGAGCGCUAUGUCAAAUUCAUGCAUUAAACCUAUCACACAAUCAAUUGAUAGGAUCUAUUCCGAGAUCUUUUGCAAAUUUGUCCCAAAUAGAAAGUUUGGAUCUCUCCUAUAACAUUUUAAGCGGACAAAUUCCAGUAGAAUUGAUCAAUCUGAACUUUCUAGAGGCAUUUAGCGUGGCCCACAAUAAUUUAUCAGGCAGAAUUCCAGACAUGAAAGGACAGUUCAGUACAUUUGAGAGUAAAAGUUAUGAAGGGAACCCAUUUCUUUGCGGAACUCAAGUGAGAAGAAAAUGCCACGAUGAUAAUGAUGAACCAUCUCCAUCACAAAUGGAGUCACCACAAGAAGCAAGUGGGAAAUGGUAUGAAAUUGAUCGCGAGAUUUUCCUUGCAAGUUUUUCAGUAACUUUUAUAAUGUUCUUUUUGUCUGUCAUCAUCAUUUUAUAUGUCAAUCCUUAUUGGCAACAGAAAUUGAUCUAUCAUACUAGACAACAUCUAUUUUCAUGUUAUUAUUUUUUGUAUGAUAAUUUAGUGAAGUUAUUUGUCUAAUUUUCAUACCAUUAAUUAAUGUAAUCAGUUCUUAGAUCAUCUAGAGCUAAUAGUGCUUGGAUUGGUAAUGUGAAUUUACGAUUGUUGUAUUUAUAACAAUUUUGAGUAUUAAUCACCAAAUUAAUUUUAAAUCGAAUAUGUAAAAUUGAUUGUGAUUUAAUUUAUAUUAGAAAUUUUAAUUAUAAAUAGUCUAAUAAAAAGAAAAAU